AUGCGGCAGAAGAUAACAGUAUCUGUGGACCUGGAGCGCAGCAUAAUAUACGGAGAGACUGAAAUCGAGUGCGGACUCGGCCCAGUUGACCUGGUGGUACUGGCAAUACCUCCCCUGCCAAACUCAAGCGUCUACCACCAAGUGACGGUGAACGGAAAGCAGGCCCCGUUCAAAUGCUACUACUCCGUAGAAGAGAACGCGCCGCUCCACCAAGUACUUGGGGAGAAGUUGGACUUUAGAGAGAUAUACGGAAAGGUGGCAUCUGGCACCCCAAGCCUACUGGUUAUACACAACGACGGCGAGGCGGCGGGGCGGGUGUGUGUGUCAUUUUCGUACAGACUGGGCGGCCCGCCCUUCAAGACACAUACAUGGUCGCUGCAGCCGCCCGGCGGCCGCAGAAGGAGCUAUCUGUGCGUGUUUGUGGGUUACAACGGCAGGAACCGUUGGUCCCCCUGGUUCCCCACCGUGCCACCCGGAUCCAGCAACUACCUGCCCAUGGAGCUGGAGCUCAGCGUGAAGGCGCUGUACGCGACAGUAUCAUCUCUGCAGCCCCUCUUCUGCGAGGACUGCCACGGAGCCCCGAGCCCCGCCUCCAACACGGGCAACACGGGCAAUAUGGGCAAUAUGGGCAAUAUGGACAAUACAAGCGGCGUUCCGGCGCAGUACAGAUUUUCAGGCACUGCAUACCCCCACCAGCUAGUCAUGGCGGUCGGAGACCUAUCCGUAAGCGCUAGCAGGGUCCGCUGGUCGGAGGCAGAUGAGGCGAGUGAGGUUUUGCUGGCCACUAUGCGUGGGUUUGAGCAUCUGCUGGAGCCUACCUGCAAGCACCUCCCCCGCGUGCUGGAGAGCUGCUUCAUGAAGCAGCACAAGGCGUUCAGGGCGGCGUUGGCCCCCUUUCUCCAGUUUCCCCCCUUCAGCAACUUCCAGCUCCUUUUUUGCCCCCUUGCCCCCGGCAUGUCCUGGCACGGUCUGCAGCCCCUCUCGGCCAGGCCCGAGGGGCUGACGACCGCCGCGGCCGCGGCGUUCGAGGAGGCGCUAAGCGUGUCCCACUACGACACCCUGGGCGUCUCCCCGCGGCUAAUCAACGAUGACGUCUACGCCAGCGGCGGACUGGCGAUCUUACCGCUGGACUGUCUAUUUUCGCCACUCGACCUGCGGGCGGACCCCCUAAUAAUCGAGAAGAAGGCGCUGGUUGCGCGUGCAAUUUACCAAAUUAUGACGGAGGCCGUGCAAAUUCUUCCCGAGUUUUCCUCCCGGGACUACUACCUGAAGCAUAUGUUGCAAGAGAUAUUUUUGGAUGCGUAUAUAGCGGCGGAUUUUGGGCGCGGGGAGCAGCAAUUGGUGCGCUGGGCAAAGCGCGAGCAGUUUGCCAUUUUGGUGCAGUUGCAUGGCGAUGCCUACCCCCUAUCGGUGCCCUGGACCUCGGGAGCGGUGCCCCCUGCGGGGGCACCGCCUCCGGACACUAUCGUGUCCGGAGGCGAAAUUUCCGCGGAUGAGAUAGAAAGUAGUGCAUGUCAGCGGCUAAAAUGCCUGCUGGUUGCGCUGGUCGCGGAGGCCAUUAUGGCGGAAUCCGCGUUUGUGCCAGAGUCAUUUUUCGCCAUCCGCCUGACUACAUUUUUGGCCGACAUGCUUUCCCAGGGCGGCAGUGCAGGUAGUCCUGCUGGCGGUUCAGUGAAGUUUUGGCAGCAGUAUCUGUGGUCCGAGAUAGUGGGCUGCUAUAUCAGCGCCUGGAACGCCAAGCCGCAGAAUUUUUCCCCCGAAAAUCAACUUCCCCUAUCGCUAAAGCACAACCAGCGGCCGCUACAGCAGUCGCCGGAGCACGUCCAACUCUUCCAGCUCGAGGAGUCACUGAUGAACUUGCACCGCAUGCAUGUCUCGGGUACGGGUUGUCCACAAAUUUCACUAACGCUCUUGCUUCAUCUGCAACGAAAGGGCACUGCCAUGGAUUAUUUCACAUUCCAUAUCGACCAGUCCCCCCUAGAGCCGCCGCGUGGAGCUCCCGCGGCGGCAGCCGCGCUAGGAAUUGCGGCGGAUGGUGAUUCGCCGGAGAUUUACCCACUUGAUCCGGUAGAUCUAGUGGGAAGGGACGGAAACUUCACGCUCGGGUUUGGGUAUUUGGGUCAAGAUGCCAGUGAAUUUUCUGUGGGUGGCGGCACUCUGUGGGAUAGCGUUGAGCGUAUCAAGGAGAAACAUUGUCUUUCAGGCGAUGACUUUUCCGCAGAAAUGGUUGACUGUGGCCUCUACCCCCGUAAAAUAAUUGCGGAGCCCGUGCCCGUGUCGGGGGCCCGUUUCCAUGGCCAUCCAGCGCACAUUGCUGGCCACACGGGCAUAGGUCUGCUCGCCGCAUCCAAUGACUUUUGCAAAAUCUGGCCCAUGGACCUGGCGGUGGACGUGUUUGAGGAUGAUGGGAUUCGCCGCCAAGUGCUUAGAGUGACUAAGAAAGAUAGUCUGCCCAAAACCUUCCAGCUGAACCCUCGUGCGGAGAGGGGGCGCAAGAAGGCGGGGCCGCGAGAGGCGGAGGGGCCUGGGGAAAGGGAGUGUGUGGCCCCCGGCAACAAGUGCCCUUUCAUAGGAUUCUCCUCAGAGACGGAUGGAAAAUUAGUGGAGUGGAUGCGGCAGUACGUUACAACACGCCUGCACCCCGAGUACCGCCAGCUGGAUAACCGAUCGCUGGUGGCCAAAGUCUGCAGCAAGAGCAGGCUGCCCGUGCUUUGGACCAGGGCAGACCCACAAUUCGCCCUGAUAGGCAGGCUGCGCAGGUGCCAGUCUCCCGCCAUGUGGGAGCAGCAAUUGCUCGCCGAUAAUGACGUUGUUGGGCAGAUGGAGGCUGCUAUGCGAAUGGGCGGCGUGGGGGAUGUAGGCGGCUGCGUGGCAGCAAUGGGUGCCGUACGAAGCCUCAUCGCCGCCAUGUCGCAGCACCUGUGGCACCCCGCCGUCCGCAGCAGGGCGGCCUUUUCGCUCGCGCAAAUUUACAAUGCCUUUUCCCGCCGUAGGAGGCGCCUCGUUGCUGCGCGGCCGACGGGGGUUCCCUGCCCCGCGGGAGCCCAGGCAGGGCAGGGAGGCAGCGAUGGAAACGGGAGCGAGAGCGAGGACGAAUUUUGCCCUGCGCCUACUCCGGGCGCAGGUUCGUCUACAGGACCUUCGCAGCCUCGCGCUGUGCCCACGCAGAGUGAUAACUCGCUUGCCCAGGUCGAUAACGUGCUCUGUCAGGUCUUGAGGGGGUUUUCCAAUUAUUUUAUUCUCCACCAUACCAAGGCGCUUCAGACGCCUCCACAUGCCUCUCCUGCGGGUGGAGUGGGCGCAUGGCCAAUGACCACGGAUAACCUCGAGUGGCCUACCGAGUGCCGUUUUUUGGCCAGUUUUUUGAGGGCGCUCUGCCUUAUGCGCGACUUCCGUGAUGAGACGCCGCCUGAGGCUCUGGAGCUCAUAAUGCGAUUUUUAGAUGCUGCGUCCUGUUAUAUAUCGUCUCCGCCUUAUCCUGUGCUUGCCACGUACUUAAUAAGUGCGAUUGGCGCAUUGAGAAUUCCCGCUGCCCGCGGCUGUUCAACGGAGACAUUCGAGGGCUUCAGGGCUACCUCUUCAUUUGGCCUAUUCCAACGCAUUGUCCACUUGUUACGGCUGGAUGGGUUACCUGAGUCCAGCAGGUCAUGUGCAUUGUUGACACGCGUCUAUUUGCGAUCUAUCGCAGCUUUCCCUGAUUGCUGCGAGGUGCCUCGCAUUGAGGAUUUCAUUCCCUUAUCACAUGGUGCAGCAGAUCCGAUCAUAGCUGGCGCCGCCAUUGCCGCCAUUUUCAAAAUGGUAAUAAUGGGGAGGGUUGUCUGUUGUUAUGGAGCCCACGGCACUGGGUCCCUUUCUACCCUACGUACCACUGACAAUGAGCGGCGUAGAAUAAUUGGACUUGGCAUGGGCUUUUUUUCGUCACUGCGUCUUAUCACCUUUCUGGAGGGGGCCUUCGGCGAUUGUGAAAUAUUUCGUCCCUUCAAAUCCCUAAUGGAAGUAUGCGUGGAACUUUAUAUCUUUAGUCCUCAUGUCUAUGCUACCUUCCCGCGGAGUUUCGGGGCCGGCUCCCCGCCGCCCCAGCAGCCGGAGCUCGCGGGGGACACGGAUCUAUGCAAGCAUUUUGAGGAGCAAGUACCGGACGGUAGGGAAAAAAUUGUAUUUUUGGGCUGGUCGGACAGUGAUUUACCCUGUUGGGACUCAUUUCUCUCGUCGCUCAAAGCUACCCUACUUUCCAAGGCAAUCGCCAAUGACCUGGAAUUUAGCCACCUGAUGGCACUGUACGAGUUCUUCAACGGGCGUGAUACUUGUGUCCAACGAGGGCAAAUGAUGGAUAGCAUCUGGGUAUUCCUCCGCAGAUACGGAAAAGGGUAUACCAAUUCCCCGCUAUUGGUCAACAGCGACUGUCUGCCCGCCGAUUGGCAGCACGUGGCUCUAAUGGCUGCCUGUGCCCUGAGUGACCAGCGCUAUUUGGAUCUGCCCUGGUCUCAGAUUCAGUCAAAACUCCGCAGUCACGCCUAUGGCGUACCUAUGGAGUUCAAGGCGGAUGUUGUUGCCGCUGUACGUGGUUUCAGGAAUGAUCCCGGGCUCCCUGAGUUCGAGCGUAGUUUUGAUGCCAUUUGGCCCGUUAUAAUCGCAUCAUUCAAAAAGAGCGUCGGGCGGGCUCAGCCCGCCCUUUGA